AUGGCUGUGCGUUAUCCCUUGGCAGUCGGCCUCAGUAAAGGCCACAAGGUGACGAGGAACGUGUGGAAGCUGAGGCACAGCCGGCACCACGGGCGGCUGACCAAACACACCGAGUUCAUGCGGAAACGCGAGGAACUGAGCAGCGUGCUGGCCGCCAUGCGCAAGGUGGCUGCCAAGAAGGACCCAGAGGCAGCCUGUCCCCGGCCCCGCACCCUGGAAAUAGAACUGUGGCAUAGGAAAAAAAAACAAACCUUCCAUACUUAA